GUUUUGGUCGUCGCUUCCGAAUUCCGAUUACUAUCUCUUCUAGCGUUUCGAGUUUUUCGAAAACUGCAUCGUGUCUUCUUCGGAAAUGCCUUCCGCCUCCUCCUUCUCAGACCACCACUUGCGGCUCUCUCCUCCGCGAAUUGCAGAUGUUGUGGGAUGAAAUUGGAGAGAGUGAUAUUGAAAGAGACAAGAUGCUUCUAGAACUAGAGCAAGAAUGCUUUAAUAUUUACCGGAAAAAGGUUGAAAUGACUAGAAAGCACGGGGUUGAUUUGAAUCGAUCCCUGACUGAAGCUGAAGCAGAAAUAGCUCACCCUGUUUCUGUACUUGGGGGAUAUGCUUCCUUAUCACGGGGUUUGAUUAUUUUGAGAAAUAGACAAAGGGCAUGCUAAAUCAGAAUCAGCAGUUAUCUGCUUUAAAAUCUGUUUUUUGAUAAUUUGAUGUGACGAAAGGAAAAGAGGAUCAAGGAAUUUCAUGAAACCCUAUCGCAGAUUAAUCAAAUCUGUUUAGAAAUAGCAGGUAAUGGUAUGUAUAAUAAAGGUGCUGAAGCACAAGCUAAUGAAUCUGAUUUGACAGUGAGGAAAUUAGGGGAGCUCAAGUCAUACCUCCAGGAGCUUCAGGAUGAGAAGUUACUUCUGUGAUUCUGCAACGGUACUCUUAUAAUGCUGCAAGUGCUCUGGCUUCUUGAUGAUUGUGAAGUUUACACCUUCUUUUACUUUGUCUGAAGGUUAUUUGGUUACAGAAAGCUAACAGCCAUAUUAACACCAUUCAAGUUCUUUCAUUUGUGAUGUCACUUGAUUUCUUAAAGACAGUGAAUGAGAUUCAUCCAAGCUUGAUCAAUCCUGCAAAUGGUCAAUCGAAAAGUAUCGGCAAUGGUACUCUUGCUAUGUUAAUAACUGUGGUUAAUUCACUAAUACAAGAUAAACAAGUUCUCUAAAGAUUUUGUUUUUACUUGAUGAAGUCUCUAGGCAAGGUUCCCUUGGUCUUGAUGUCAUUGAGCCAGUGGUAAUUGUUUAU